AAGAAAAAGCAACUUGUUCCUUUUUAUAAGUGAACAUGGGUGGUACAGUACUGAGAAAAAUAAAAUUUUAAAAUAUGUUUGUCAUCGAUCUGGAUAUUAUAAACGAAAAGGAAAGGGAAUAAGGCAUAUAAAAACACAAGGGACAAAAAAAAUAGAUGGGUUUUGUCCUGCUGGAAUAAAACUCACCGUAUGUCAUGUAUCAGGAACUUGCUUUGUAGAAUACACCAGCACGCAUGCAGGACACACAUCAGAUAAUCUAGGGCACUUGACUUUAACAACAAAGGAAAGAGAGAAUUUUGCUCUGAAAAUAGCAUCAAAAAUUCCAUUCCAGGUAAUUUUGGAUGAAGUUAGAGAUUCUAUUUGCAAUUCAGAACUGGAUCGAACUCAUCUUUUAACGAAAAAGGAUUUGCAUAAUAUACAGCAAACUUUUAAUUUGAACAAUGAAGCUAUAAGACAUACAAAUGAUGCCGUCAGCAUAGAAUCGUGGGUCAAAGAGGUCGAGAGUAGUGGAUGUGUGUUGUUUUAUAAACCUCAGGAUAUUUCCUUAUUGGAACAUCAAAAUUUGAAAAAAGAAGAUUUCAUUUUGAUUAUUAUGAAUAUGGGCCAACUAGAAAUACUUGAAAAGUUUGCUGAUGAUUGCAUAUGCUUAGAUGGCACUCAUGGCCUCAAUCCUUAUGACUUUCAGCUGCACACACUCCUAGUUCUGGAUGAUUUACGAGAAGGGUUCCCUUGCGCAUUUUUGUUUAGCAAUCGAUCAGAUGUGGAGAUUUUGGUUUUAUUUUUUUCAUGUAUUAAAGAGAAAAUGAAGAGACAAAUAAAACCACGAGUCUUUAUGUCAGACAUGGAAAAAACAUUCUAUAAUGCAUGGAUACGUGUUAUGAAACCUGCAGAUUUUAGAAUUUACUGCACAUGGCAUGUAGACCGCUCUUGGCGUAAGAAUCUAAACAAAAUUCAUUCCAAAGAAAAACAGGUUAUGGUCUACAAACAACUUAGGACAAUUCUGCAAGAACUAGACCAAAAUGCGUUCACCCAAAUGAUAGACAAUUUUUUAAGAGCGUUAGUAAAUGAUGCAGACACAUGCGAAUUUGGUCAGUACUUCAAAAGGUAUUAUACCGAAAAUGUCGAAGCUUGGGCAUAUUGCCAUCGCUUGCAUAGCGGACUAAACACAAAUAUGCAUAUCGAGCGGAUGCACGAGACUAUUAAAUAUAUUUAUUUAAAUGGAAAGGUAGUCAAGAGGCUUGAUAAAGCUAUAAAUGCCCUGAUGAAGUUCGUGCGAGACAAAUUAUUUGAAAGACUGAUUACUUUAAAUAAAGGCAAAAUUUCCAGUAAACUUAAGGAUUUACGAGCUAGGCACAAAACGAGUGAAGGCAUGGAUCUAAAGCUGGUAAUGGUGACAGAGGAGGGGUGGGAGGUACCUUCAGCUUUAUGUCAAGAUUUGUAUAAAGUGGAAGCGAGAAAAAUUAACUGUACUUGCAAAUUGGUGUGUCAACAAUGCCAUGCAUGCAUUCACCAAUAUUCCUGCUCGUGCAUAGAUUCCUCUGUUAAGUGGAAUAUGUGCAAACAUGUACACCUAGUCUGCAGAUUCCUUAAUGACAGAAAAGAGCUCGAAGUCGGAAAUAUUACACAAGGGCCAGUUCCAAAUGCCAGUAUUCUUCAAAUUGAUGACGGUAUUUCCAGUAAAGUAGAGGAAGAGCAGAAAAUACUUGCCGCUAUUUCGCAAAAUACAUCAAUUUCAGAAGAAAAUCUCUAUGACGAAAAAGAGAAAUUAAAAAUGGAGGUAAUGGAACUAAUCCAUGAUAUCGACAAAAUUUCAACAAGAGAGGAAAUAUCUGCUCUGAAGAAACUAGUGGGCCCAAUCAAGCCAACAUUACAUGCAAUACGGUUGCAACAAAGUCGUGAUCUUCAACAUUCAAUGGGAGCAAGCUCCAAAGUACACCACAACAAAAACAUUAAACAGCAGAGACGGCUUUUUAAAACGAAGAAAAAGACCAAGAAGGAAACUGUGGGUUUAUCAAAUCCAGCUAGAAAGUGAUUAUGAAGAAUUGUAUCCAGAUUCCUCUAUGAAAAUGUAUUCCGAACUGCCUCAGUUUAGUGAAAAGGUUCUCUCAUACGCCAGAAAACAGAAGGAUAAAGACAUUCAGCAGCGUAUAAAAGAAAUAGACGAAGAAGAAAGUGCCGAUGUGAAAAAUUUGAAGUGUCUCUUCCUUUUACCCUUUUUGUUGGGAAUGCGGACAAUUAAACGAAAGAAGGGGCAAAAAUGUUGGAGACCUUCAAAAAUAGAAGUCUCUGAAGGUUUUGUUAUCCAUUUAAAGAGCAUCAGUGAAUUAAAAACAAUUGUUGAGGCCAAGGUUAACAAGCUUGAUAAAUUUGGCUUGACGCUUCAGCCUACUCCGGUUCUUAUUGGUGAGGAAAUCUCCACAAUAAGGGAUUCCUAUGUGUACGUUUCCGGUCACCUCUAUCAGGUCUCAACUCCAAUAAAGGCUAUUGACAUAUGCUUUAAGGUAAUUCACGCUGUUCACGCUCUAUACCCGUAUGAAUCAGAAACAGUAUGGUUGCUACUGCAGAAAUGUUUAUAUGGUAUUAUAUCUGAAUGGGACAAAAAUUUCAUAAGUGUCAAUUUGCUUAUGCAAGAUUUGGGAUAUAAUAAAUGGAUAUAUAAUCACAUUUAUGUUAUAUUUGAUAGAUUUGUGUAUUUAUUAAUAUUUUUUUAA